AAGGCAACUAGAAAGGAUGCCUGUCUUGACAAUAUAUUUACAAAUGUAGAUAGGAAUAUAAUUUGCUCGGAUGUAACUUCUUUUGCUUUUUCGGAUCAUGACUCAGUUUGGUUGAAAAUGAAUAGAGCUAGCUCAAUGUUACCAAGCAGUGAGUGUGGAGAGCCCAAGUUUGUCAUCACAAGACCAAUGACAAAAAAUAAAUUUCUCAAUUUUAAAAAUGCUCUCAAAAGUUAUGACUGGAAAAGUUUGCUCAAUAAUAAUAAACAUUGCUCAGCUGAUGUAGUCUUUGAUAAAUUUUUCAAUGUUGUAUUGAAUCUAUUCGAAUCUAAUAUUCCUAUGCAUAAGUCUAAAGUCAAUUCUCGUGUGCGUAAUGUUAAAAAUAAUAAUGCAUGGUAUACUACUCAACUUGCAGCUAUGAAAAAUGAAUUAGAAUUGCAUUCCUAUAUGUAUAGAAUUUAUGGAACAGAUGAGUUGAAAUCUAGGUUCUUGACAUCCAGAAGAAAUUAUAAGUUUGCUGUAAAUAAUGCUAAGGAAGAGCAUAACUUGUUAAAUAUUCAAUCUUCAAACAAUAAAUGUAAGGCAGCAUGGAAUAUAAUAAAUUCUGUUGCCAACAGUAAACAUAAGGAGUCCAUAAGAAUAUCUCCAGAUGAAUUUAAUAAUUUCUGUAUACAAUCUGUUAGUGAAAUAUGUGAUAGUAUUAUAAGGCCUAGUGAGACGGCAAUGGAGCUUUUAACUCGGUAUGGUAACAAUCAAACUCGACAGGAAAAUCUCAUCUUCAAGGAGGUUAGCCAAGAAACAAUUUUGAAUAUAGUUAAAAAUUUGAAAUCUUCAGACAGUUUGGAUAUCUAUGGUCUCUCUAGUAAUAUGCUUAAAAAUAUUAUUCAUUGUUUAGCGUUUCCUCUUACUUAUUGCAUAAACAGGUGUUUGAUUGAAGGUGUAUUUCCAAGAGUACUAAAAUUGUCGAGAGUAGUUCCUAUCUAUAAAAAGGGAGACAAAAAUAGUGCAUCUAGUUACCGUCCAAUAUCCCUCACUCCGAUUUUAUCGAAAGUCUUAGAAUCUAUUAUCCAUAGCCAAGUCUGUAAUUACUUAAAAGAACAUAAUAUACUCUCAGAUGCACAGUUUGGAUUCAGAAAGGGUAAAUCAACUAUCCAUGCAAUUGAUGACAUAAUGAAGCAGGUGCUUAGGGCUUUUGAAGAGAGAAAUUAUGCUCAGGCUACCCUAUGUGACCUCAGUCGAGCAUUCGAUUGCGUGGAUCAUGAUGUGCUUCUGAGUAAGCUGGUUUAUUAUGGGAUUAUUGAAAGAAAGGUUGGGAACAUUUUCGAGUCAUUCCUUAGCGACCGCAGACAAAUAGUAUGCAUUGGCAAAGAAAAAUCUCAGACAAAUGAAAUAAAGCGUGGCGUGCCACAGGGGUCAGUUUUGGGGCCUUUAUUGUUUAUUUUGAUGAUAAAUGAUUUGCCACUCUGUAUCUGUCAGAGACAUGCAGCAAGGUUCACGGAAGAAGGGGAGACAUUCCUGAGUCGGAUCGUCACCUGUGACGAGACGUGGGUCCACCACUACACUCCGGAGUCAAAACAAGCCAGUAUGGAGUGGCGGAAGAAAGGGGAGGCAGCCCCUGUGAAAGCCAAGACUCGACUGUCAGCUGGCAAGGUCCUUUCAACCAUCUUCUUCGACCGGCGAGGCAUUUUGCUCAUUGUUUUUUUGCACGAGCGACGCACAAUUAAUGCUGCUUACUACUGCGAGCUGCUGACCAAGACUCCCCACGAAUUAGUUAUGGAUCGCGGAAAAGAGUUCUGCAACAACCAUGUAAAAGCCGUACUUCAAGAAUAUGGAAUUGAGAGUCACUACACAACAUCGGGACACACGCGACCUCAUGGGAUGAUAGAAAGAUUGCACAGUACACUGACGGAACAUCUACAUCUCCUGGAAGCAGAUAAGCUUAUCGCAGGCAAGGAAGCGAUAUUUGCCUACAAUAAUAGCAUACACUCGACCAUGGGAGUUACACCUUUAGAAUUGAAGGAUCAUCAGGAAGUGCAGGAACCAGUCAGAUAG